AUGUCGACACCUGCAGGACCAUCCGUUUCAAGGAGCGCCAGCCGGCGACUAAUAAAGGAACUGGACACAUGGAGCACUGAGCAAAAGGAUGAGACGGGCAUCGAACGCCUGGGUCCCGUCAGCGAGGACAACCUGAUGGAGUGGGAGGCCGUCAUCAACGGACGGGGUAUUGGACAUGGCUACGACGAGGGUCGCUGGCUUCUUAGCAUCUCGAUCCCUACGACAUACCCCCUCGCGCCUCCCAAGAUGACCUUUGUCACGACCAUCGUGCACCCCAACAUCGCCCUGCAGAACGGCGAGAUCUGCCUCGAUCUGCUCAAGGACGCCUGGACGCCCGCCUACAGCGUCCUCGAGUGCGUGCGCGCCGUGCGCAUGCUGCUCGGCUGCCCCGAGACGGAUAGCCCUCUCAACGUCGACGUCGCGGCCCUCUUGCGCGGCGGGGAUGAGUUGGGUACGCGAAAGUUGGUAGAGUUUUGGUGCAAAGACUCGGAUGGAAGAUAUGAUGGACCCUAG